AUGACCCCGAAAACGAAAAAAACUGAUGUCCCGCCGAACUAUCCUCAGUCUGGAUACCCUUAUGGCAACGGUUACCAGAAAUCUUACAACGGAUCAGGACACCAGAACAACCGCCCAAGCCAACAUCAUUCUUUUAACGAUUACGGGACUGGAUAUGUGAAGAAAGCGGUGCCCGGACAGAAACCCUACUGGGAACACAAUCAGAGCUAUCAGCCCAACCGCGAAGUGCAGAGAGGUGGAAGCAACCAACAGUAUCCAUCUACCAAGUAUGCUAAGAAAGGCAACAAUCCACGGUACGACCAUAACAAGUCAUUCACCGCCGGAAUGGGUGAAACGGGAAAAUCCAACGGUAAUCGUGACAGAUUCUUUACGACCGAAUCUCAUAAUCGCUCUUCUGGCUACAAAGGAUUCGGUAACUCCAAAUACCGGGGAGAGGGAAGGAACAUACAGAUGCCGACAACUGGAAACAGCCACGACGCUUCGUUCACCAACUUUACCACCAAGAGCAACAAUUCUCGUGAUACUUAUAACACAUCAUUCACGACUACCGUUGGAAUGGGUGAAACGGGACAACCAAAUGCUCGUCAUGACAACCUGUGGACAACCAAAGACGAUCGUCCCUCCGCUGGCAACAAUGGAUUUGUAAAUCCCAAAUACCGAGGAGAUGGAAACCAUAACCAGAUGCAGAAAGGUGGAAACAACAAACACUAUCCAUCCACCAAGUAUGACAAGAGCAACUUCUGGACAACCGACUACAAUCGUCACUCUUCCAACUCCAAGGGAUUUGAGAACCAAAAACACAGUGGAAAAGCCAAUCGGAACUCGUACCGUUAUAAUCCAAACACAAGCUACGCCAGGUACACCGGAGCGAAAAGCGGCCCUAAGAACGUCGCUGACCACACCACGACAAUCGACUUCAACUUUGGACGUGUCCAGUCACCACAACUCAAUGGAGAUAACUUCAUUCAAGUCUUUCCUUCCAGUUCUUCAACAAACUUGACUGACGGACAGAAGCUCCUGCAGAACCUCCAAAACGUGGAAUCUGUGGGGAAUCCGGUUGGUGACUCUCGAAUGAAUCAGUCGUUCCGCGGUGUUCAAGACGAAAGUUGCCAACAAGAUUCUUCCAUUCUGGCCGUCGGACCAGUCGUCACUCCACCUCGCCCUGUCAAAUACCCGUACAUGUUCUCUCCGGCUGUCGAGAAAAUUCUCUGUGCAGAAAAACGUAAGCAGAAAAUUGAUAUGGAGGUAGCUAAUGCAAAGAAGACAGCAAAAGAGAAAAAGGACAAGUUGAUGAUGAAACAGAAGAUCCAUUCUGAUGAUCCUUUGAAUAUGACUAUCGCUGGUGGUGAACGAUUCGUUGAGUCUCCACCACCCUCCAAGGCUAUCCUCAAUCUGACGUUAGGCGAAGACGAACUACCGCGAGGAAUCCUCAAGAAGAUUCAUUUGGCAAGACGGUCUCCACCAGAGUUUCGUUCAAGAAGUGUUUCUUGGGGACUCGUCGAGGCCAAGUCUCCUGACACGCCAAUGUACUCACCCGAAGGAAAUCUCUCGGAUCUGAACAAGUCUUUCAUGAAGCCGAAAAGUGAGACAUCUUCGGAAGAGUCAACACCAUCCAGACCACCCAAGCCACUCAACAUCCAGCCGCUCAUAUUGGCCGCAAAGCCGAAGUCACUUCUUCCUCCUGGCUGGAAAACUUCUUGUCCAGUUACUUUCAAGAAGGUUGUCGAGCACAACGAGGAUAAAAACAAUGCUGGCUGUUACAUGGCCCGUGGAGGCAUUUGCAAGUUUAUGCCCAGUGUUGAUAUCACCGAUGGACUUGCUACUUUUGUGAAUCCUCAAACUGGAAGACACAUCUUCAUGCCACUGGAGUUCUGUUUUGACCUCCAUCCCUUCAUCGAAACUGGACCAGAUGAGAUCCCCGCAGGUCGUUACUACUACUUGGCAGAUCCGCAAAAUGACCUUGUUGGACAGUGGAACAGAGAGCUUCGUGAGAAACAUCCAGAGCUCUUUAACAAGCCUCCUCAUGUCUCCAACCAUGAAACUGGUUGGGAGGAUUUGAAGGCAGUUGUCAACGAGAUCGCAAUGAAGACUCGUGCUCCUCUGCUCCAAGGGAAGUCUCCAUCGAUGUAUCAUCUAUCAGAAAAGGAUGAUUCAAGUGUUCAGAGCUCAGUGACUAUCCUCAAGAAUACCUCUGACCAAAAACUGGCUAAGCUCCAGGAAAAGAAAGUUGAGGUUUCUCGCAAGAUCAUCCUUCCUCCUCUUUCUAAAGGAGUGAAGCGCACUCCGCCGAAAUUCUGUCAUGUUCCUGACGAGGAUUGGCUCGCUGACACCCCUGCCAAAACAAUUGAUGAAAAGAAGAUGGAUCAGGCAGAUUCUGUGGAGGAUACUCAACCGACAACUCCAAAAGUAUCUACUCAAUCGGUUAUUUUCACUCCCCUGCAGACGAGUACUCCUCGCAAAACUUCUGCACAUGACUCUUCCUCUAGAACAACUGCUUUGGUUCGUGAGUUGCAGGUCACUCCGAAAAGCUGGGGAAACAAGAAUAAAUUGCCGUCCCGAAGAAUCACCGUUAUCUCCAGCACUUUGGACGACGCGGAGCUUCACAAUGUGAAGUUUCUGACUCCGCAAGGCAAGAAGUCGCCUGAUGACGCUUCUUCUGACACUUCCGAAAGCCCAUCUUCCCCAUCGACUUGA